GUGUCGGGUGGCGGCGUGCCGGGCGCUGUCGUCGCGACGCCCGGGCCAUCGGCAGCAGCUCGUCGGCUUUCGGUCGGCUUUCGCGGAGGAUGUCGAUGCCUCGCGUGGCGCGCCCUUCGGGGGGGUGCCUGCCAAAGAAGUGUCUCCCGCGGUACGUUACGCGUGUACCGACAACGACGACUCUCAUUAGUUUCGUUUCGUCGAUUUUUUUUUUCAAAUCUUUCCAAGAGUUUGCGGGUCUAUCCUAAAGGCUCGGUGAAUGCGAAGAAAGCAAAUACAAAUAAAGAGAUAGAGAGAGAGAGAGAGAGAGAGAGAGAGAGAGAGGGAGAGAGAGAGAGAGAGAGAGAAAGAAAAGCAGAAAGUGAGAGAUAGAGGAAUGUAUCGAGAUAAAACAAAAGAAAAAAGAAAAUAAGGGUAGUAAUAAUAGCAAUAGAAAUAUACACGUUAACGAUUGUAAACAAAAAUACGAGACUCGAAAAAAAGUACGCGUGUUUGUACUAUAUAUAUAUAUAUACAUAUAUAUAUAUAUAUAUAUAUAUAUACACAUAUUUAUAAUAGUAUAAUAUCGUAAUAGCGAUAUUAAUAGUAAUAGUAUAAUAGAAUUCGCAGUAAUAAUAGUGAAAUUUUCUUACCACGGAUUUCUUUGAUUUAUUUUGUCAUCCACUAUUUGAGACGUUUUCAACGUUUCAUAUAUUUUAUUUCGGAAGAGAAAGAAAGUAAGAAAGAUUGAGAGAGGGAGAGAGUAAGAGAAAAAGAGGAAGAGUAAGAGAGAGAGAGAGAGAGAGAGAGAGAGAGAAAGAGAGAAAGAGAGAGAGAGUAAAAGGUAGAUAAUAUGGAGCAACGGCGAAUCGGAAAAGUGGAGGGAAGCUGACGGAUCCUCGUACGCCGCGCUCGUCCUUGAACGGCUUGAAUGGACACACGGUAGUGGAUGAAAGUGAAAACGAAACUGACCGUACACCGGGGGCGGCGUGGGAGGUGGAUUCUCUGUGAUAUGGAGAACGUCGACAGGACGACGAAUCCUUCUGUAGCGAAUAUUUCUCUGACACACACGGGGGUCGUUCGACGAGGAAACAUUUGAUGCCACGUAUACGACUCGUAAAACGUUCGAAGAAGCGAAGGGUCCAACGUGGAAUGGCGUUCUGAACGAUGUCGUACGUACGGUGGAACGUUCAUUGACGUUCGAACUUCAGUAUCCAAAGCGUGUACAAUAACAUCGAUGGACCAUGAAAUGAGGAACUUGCGUUAAUAGGCAAAUUAAUUUUAAAGGCUACAAACCCGGUGGAUCGUGUGUGCAGGGCCACCCUCUUUAGAAUUCCCCGUCCGUGGAGUAAGGAGCUCGUAAAAGACAAAGGGGGUUGGUGUUAGAGAGGGGUGGAUGAGCCAAAGCGUGUGAGAAAGAUAGAAGAGAAAGCAAGAAAGAGAGAUAGAUAGAUAGAUAGAUAGAGAGAGAGAGAGAAAGAGAGAGGGAGGGAGAGAGGGAGGGCUACUGUGUAGUGGAGGGAUAGAGAGAAAGGGAAAGAGAGAAAGAGAUAAAGAUAGAGAUAGAAGAGAGAAAGAGAAAGGAGAUAAGCAAGAUGGGAGAAAGCUCACCGGAUCUUAGCCUCCGGCUUCGACGUGGAAGCUCGGACUCCCGAGACUCCUUCUAUAUGGACUUCGCUCAGGGUAUCGAUUCUGACAUCGAAGAAGUAGCCAGGCCAGGUGACAACUGUGACUCGUUGUUGGAGAAUCAGUUGGACGAGAAUGGUUGCGACUUACCAUUAUUGGAGGAUAUUACGACAAUACCGGAGGAGGCAUCGGAAGAAUUGAGAGAGGAGGAGGAAGCAGCGGCAUUGGAAGCUGCGUCGCGUACCACCGACGUUCCAGUAAUUAGUAUGGAAAUGGAGAAAUCUAGCAUGGGAUCUACGAUGACGACGACGUCGACAUCGAUGACGACUACGACGACGACGACGAAUACGACGAUGACUAUUACGACUACUAUGACUAUGACGAUGACGACGAUGACGGCGAAUACGAUGAUGAUAACAAUGACGAGUACGACAACGGUUAUGACGACAACUACGAGCCCGUCUACAGGUGUUGGAACUUUCUUAACUGCAGCAGCUGCUGCUGCUGCGGCUGCAGGCACGGCUACGAGGCAAGACUGGCCAGGAUUGCCAGCAGCUUUGCCAUCACCGGCCUCGCCAUCUGCGGUAAUCGUUUCGCCGGAAACGCUGUCUAGACACAGUAGUAGCUCACCCUCACGUGCCCAUCGGUCACCUCAGUAUGCACUGGCCCUACCAUGUUCCUCUCAGCCGAUACCAACGGUUUGUUAUCCAGCACCAACCUUCCUCGAGGUUGCCGACGAUCGCAAGUGGAAGAAUCUCGGAUGCGAUGCUCUCGCGACGACCCUGAGUGCCCUGUAUGGAAAACUUCUCGUCGUAAUGGGAAUCGCCUUUCCCAUGGCGGAAGUGAUAUCUACCUAUAUACCGCCAUCUUUCUACGAGGCAUUCUACCUUUACUUAUACUUCGGCAGCAUGAUUUUCCUGAUGUACAUGUAUGGUAUGCUACUCAGGGAUGGCAAACCAAAGCCAAAAAAACAGAAGGACGUGUGCGAUUUGGAUUCAUCGAGAUCAUCGAGUGGUGCCGGAGGCGAUAGCGAUGCACCUGAUACAGGAUGUCCUCAUAUGACGGUGAUACGACCGAUACAACAUUAUGGUAGCUUUUACCUUCGAAUGGGCGCAGUCGCUUUUGGUAUCGGUUCAAUGAUUUAUUCUGGUCUUGAAUUUGGCCAAUAUUUCGAAUUGGAACGCAACACCAAGUGUCACAACAUAAUGCUGGCACUAACACCAGCUACUCGAAUGGCUUUCAUUUUCAUUCAAAUGUACUUCAUAUUUCUAAAUAACGAGCAAAUGAAGGUACAUCGUCAUCGGAUAGUUGCACGUUUCGGUCUAAUGCAUAUGAUCGGUACGAAUCUCUCCGUUUGGUUGAACGUUUUGGUUCAAGAAACGAAGCACGAGAUUCUCACGUUUUACAACCCGGAGAAUAAUUCCCUCAGGAUUUCACAUAGAUUAGGUAUGAAGGGUGGAUUCCAUCUAGGUGGGCACAGUCAUAUUCAUCAUGGCGAACAUUUAAGAGUGCCAAGAGGAUUGAAGGGUCCUCAUCAUAUGUUCGAAUGUAGAAGAACAAAUAUCAUGGGAUCGUUGGUUCAGGACGCCAGUCCGUUUCUUUUUCCUUGCACAAUAGAGUAUAGCUUGAUAUGCGCCGCCAUUUUGUACGUCAUGUGGAAGAAUAUAUCUAAAACAAUGUUCGCCAAAACAAUGACUCCUCCGGGAUCGCGUCAUCACGCUCACGCUUAUAGAAGAUCGCCGCAUCAUUACAGUGUCGACUGUGCCCGUGCUCACAAGGGUCUCUUCGUCGGUAUUUUUAUACUGGUGCUAACGAUAAUAUCCUUGAUACUAUUCUUCGUCCUAAUAUCUCGUCCAGAGUUGGUAAGCUUGGCGGUAACUGAAGUGAACAUUUGCGAGCUGACACUUUAUGGAAUGUCUACUCUCGGAACUCUAAUAGGGAUGUUCCAAAUGCGUAAACUUCGUUACGACGGCGGUAGGAACUUGGAAUUGGACAAUAUACUUUUAGUGGCCGCACAAACUGGUAUGUUCAUCUAUUCGACGUUCACGAUCAUCGGUGGACAUUUUACACUACAGAAACACACCGUCUUAGUAUUGGUAACUGCUUUAGCAAGCGUAGUUCAAACCACUUGUCAGACUAUCUUUAUAUUGGACGCAUCGAGAAGAUCGGUGGCUACUGCGAAACAAAUAAGAAGAAAGCCAGGUAGAGAAAUAGUCACAUUUCUUUUGGUGACUAAUCUGGCUAUGUGGGCGAUCAACACGCUUGAAAAAUCACGGGCUGAGUCGCAUCCGGUGCAGUUGCAUUUUUACGGUCUUUGGGCCUGGACCAUAAUAACUCACGUUUCCAUGCCGCUGGCAAUUUUCUACAGGUUUCACAGCACCGUUUGCCUCUGCGAAGUAUGGAAGAGAGCGUACAAGGUGAAACCGACCUAUAUGUGACGUAAGGGGUCCCGUGAAGUCGUCUGGAAGACCACGGCACCUCAACGACCCAGAACUUUGCCGGGCAAACUCGACGCCAUUGCCGAGAACGAUCAAUCAUCGUAUUUCAUUUAAUUGAUACGAUAAUAUUCGUUCGAGAGAAAAUUUUCUAAUCGCCUCACCUUUUUUAUCCCCAUCUUUCCAUCUCCUCCACAUUUUACAUCCUUUUUCCUUUUUGUUUCCUUUUUUCUAGUCCUUCGAAGAAGAAGAAGAAGAAGAAGAAGAAGAAAAAAAGAAACGAAAAAAGCGGAGUAUCUUUCGUUUUCGUCGUAUUGUUUUCUAUAAAUAACUUUCGAAAGAAGAUAUGAAACCAAAAAAAAGCUAUAUAUAACUUUCACAUUUAUUAAAUCUCUUCAAUUACAUAAAAAUAGAUUUAUUUUACGAUCGUUCGAUUCGUCGAAAACGAUAUUAUACUUCGCUCAUAGAUUGAAUUAUCGUUGGUAUAAUAGGAAGGAUCGAUCGGUAUAAAAUAUUCAUCGGAAUCGUCAAUUAUAAUUCGAUGAGAUAAAAGAUGAUGAUAGGGAUUAUAAAAUGGAAGGACGAUUUCGAUCCAAUAAUAAGUAAUAACUAGGUAUUAUACGAGGAGUGACAGAUCAGUUACGCUUUUCGUAAUUUCUGUUCAAUCGAGAUCCACCAAAUAAUAAUAAUAAUAAUCAUCGGUACAACAAUCUCUUCGCUCUCACGGACAUCCGUCUUCCAAGUAGUACAAACUACAACUUAAAUAGUACUUGUCGCGUCCACGUAUAAGUGAUUUAUCUAAUGAAAGAAAUAAAAUAAAAUAAAGUAAAAUAAAAUAAAACGAUCGAAAGAAAAGGAAAUAAAAAUAAAAGAAUUAUUUAAAGGACGAAUUAUCAGGAUAAUGGUUGGGGUUUGCGAUUGAUAGUUGAUUUAGAUAUUUUAAACGUUAGGUCAAAUCCAUUUAGUCGGUUCAUCGUUAUUCAUCAUAAUUAUUUAUCGAACGUUGGAACAAGUCUGGAUGAUAGAUACCUUCAUAUUACAUACAAACAUACAUACAUACAUACAUACAUACAUAUAUACAUACAUACAUACAUAGAGACACGCAAAGAAACAACCAGGAGAUUCUAAAUUAUCUUACAGAAUAUCGUCUGUGUGAUAAUAAUAACAUCGUAGAGUAGAUAGAUAUUCACGUUUGUCCCGUCGAAUAAAAUAGUUCUAUAGCUCGGA